AUGGGAUUACUGGAACAGAUACCGCCAGAAGUGCAGGAAAACCUGAACAGGAUAUGGACGUCGCCCAAGAAGAGGGCUGCCUCAAUGGCCGUGUUUAUCAUGGUCACAUUGGUGCUGGUGUAUAGCACGAUCAACCCUUCUUCAGGCGCUUCGUCGAUAUUGCCUUUGGAUCCACAGCGGUCCAACAUAGGAUCAAUACGGCGUAGUGAUUGGAGCUUGACGAGUGACUUCGAUAUUGUUGUAUCACAUUAUAACGAGGAUGUCAACAUGAUGCGGGAGACUAUCGAUUCAGUAAAGUCGAGACUACCUCAUAGUCGUAGCAAUCGUGUGAUUAUCUAUCACAAGGGUUCAAGAGAUAAGCAAGGGCUGGAGGAGCUUUUAGAUAUGUCAGAUGAGGUAGUACAGCUGGAGAAUCUAGGGAGGGAAGGGGAAACGUACCUUUCACACAUAGUAAGACAUUAUGAUACUCCCGUGACCAACCUCGCCGAGCACACGAUCUUCAUGCAGCCGCAUCUCGCAUGGCAUUGGGUCUUCUUACCCCGACUGGAACGGGUACUUCAGUCUGACACUGGGUUUCUAUCUUUUGGUCCAUAUCUCUCGCACACCUGCGGCAACGAUUCUGCUGGACAGGUCUUCCCUAGGAUGGCCGAUAUAUAUAGUAUGUUCAGGAUGGAUCUUUGUCCUCCGGAACCGGUUUUAGCGACAUGGGCUGGACAAUUUGUGGUCUCACGCACAAGGAUAUUGGAGAACCCACGACGGGCGUAUGCGAAUCUGAGAGGAAAGUUUCACGUAGGCAAGGAUCAUUGGAUAUACAAAGAGGGAUGGUGGAACAAUGAGCCGUCGAAUCCUACGUUGGGACAUGCGCUUGAACGAUCUUGGCCAAUGAUCUUCAAUUGUACCGAUGCGACAAAGGCCGAUACUUGUGGUGAAGAGGGUCACGGCAGUAGCUGUCAGUGUUUGGACGAAUAG